AACUAUAUACUAAUAAAAGGCUAUAUACUGAUAAAAGACAAUAUACUAGUGAAGGACUAUAUACUGAUAAAGAAGCUAAUAAUUAUAAAGAAGCUGUUGAUUAUGAAGAAGUUGAUGAUUAUAAAGAAGUUAGUAAUUAUGAAGAAGUUGGUAAUUAUGUAUUAGAAUUAAGCUCAGAAGAAGAAGUAAUGCUUACUGGUUAA